AUGACAAGGUGGCGACCGCAUAUGACCAAUUCAUACGAUUUAGCUGCCAAUCCAGCCCAGAUCCCAGAGCCCAGAGUCCAGAUCUCGGAGCACACCAAACAGCCCUCACAGUAUCUAGAUCCCCAAAGCCCAGAGCCCACAGGCCAAAGCCCGGAACCAAGAGCCCAGAUCCCAGCCCAGGGACCACUGCAUAGAGUCCAGCCCAGAACCCAGAGCCCCGACUCCAGCCCAGAGUCCAGAGCACAGAGCGCAAUCCAGGACCUAGAGCCUAGAGCCCAGCGCCCAGAACCCAGAUCCCAAAGUUCAGAGCCCAGAUCCCAAAGUUCAGAGCCCAGAGUCCAGAGGCCAGAGCACAGCCCAGGGCCUAGUGUCGUGAGCCCAGAGCCUAGAUCCCAGAACCCAGAAAACAAAGUUCAGAGCCCAGAGCCCAGAGCCCAGAGCAGAGUGCAGAGCCCAGUGCAGAGACCAGAGCCCAGAACCCAGAGACCAGAGCCCAGCCUUGAGCCCAGAGCCCAGAGCCCAGGGCACAGCCCAGAGCCUAGUGCCUAG